AUGGUUUUAAAGGGCGAAUACACGAAGGGCCCAAGUGCAACCCCGUCCUCCAACUUGCCCUUGUGCAGGUCCCUGUCAUCCAGCGAGGAUGGCCCCAGUGGCCACUCCAGCCUCUCAGAUAGGGAGCUGGUUCGGAACUUACAGGAUAACAUCCAGCACCGCAUCCUCUACCUCUCCGAGCAGCUGAGAGUGGAGAAGGCCAAUCGGGAUGAGAACACCAUGGGCUACAUCAAGUUGGUAUCCAAAGCGGAUCGGCACCAGGCCCCCCACAUCCGGCAGGCCUUUGAGAAGGUGAACCAGCGUGCCUCUGCCACCAUCGCCCACAUUGAAAGAAAGCUCCACCAGUGUCACCAGCAGCUGCAGGAGCUGGAGGAGGGCUGCCGGCCCAAGGAACACAGCCCAGACAACUGCCAGCAGCCCAGUGAGAAGGCCCCGCUUUCAGAGCCCCACAAACCAGGUGGGGAAUACUGCUUGUCCACCAACUUGUCUGACAUCGUGAGCGACUCCCCUCUGGGGAGUGACUUCCCAGCCUUGCAGCAGGGGAAGUCCUCAGAGACAAAGCGCGUGGCCCAGCAGCGAAACCUGCCGUUGCAGAAGGUGAAGGAAGAGCUGAAAGAAGUAGAGAAGUUACACCUCAGCCUCCAGAUGUCCUAUCAGAGUCUAAAGGAGAAGUAUCUGACAGACCUGCAGGUGUUGGUGGAGUCCCUUCAGGAGGAGAAAUGCAAACCAGUGUUGCUGGAAGAACUGGUGAAUGUCUACCUGCAGGGGCACCUGAAUGAGAUUUGUCAUCUCAAACAGCAUCUGGCCUGCACUGAAGAGAAAAUGGUCUAUCUGUCCUAUGAGAGAGCCAAGGAAAUGUGGGAGGUCAUGGAGACUUUCAAGAGUCGGAUAUCCAAGCUCGAAACGCUACAGCAAGCGACCCAACUGGAGAUGACAGAGAGCCUCCGUAGCCGUCCCCAGUUCCUGUUCCGAUUCGGGAACCUGCUCCUUACACUGGCCACCAUCCUCCUCGUCUUCAUCGCCACUGUGUGCACCUGCCCCUUGCUGCUGGUGAAUUCGCAUCUGCGCAUAUGCACCAUACUCAUGCUGAUCGGUCUCGGGGUCCUGGCCUGGCAGAAGUGGCAUGCCACCCUUGCCCUGCACUGGCAGGCCUGGGACCCCUCUGGGUGA